UGAAAAGCGUCACCCGCGAAAAUUACGACUUAACCUAACAUUUUUUGCUGCGGUGUUAAAACGUAAAAAUGGAAAAUAAAUUAACCACUGGCGCUAUAUUGCGUAUUUUCAAAGGUGAAGAAGUGAAGGAGCCCCAAAUCCAGAUUCUCACCUACAAGAAGAUGCCAACAAGGAACAUGGAGACAGAACGUUAUAGAAUAUGUGCCUCUGAUGGUGCAUAUUCAACUACAAAUGGAAUUUUAACCCUUUCUCAAUCAACCCCCAUUGAAAACUAUUCCAUAAUCAGAUUGAAAAAGUUUAUGAAAAGUGAAGUAAAUAACGCUAAGGGGCCCCAAAAAUUACUUUUUAUAUUGGAAUCAGAAGUGGUUGUUCCUGGUUCUCAAAUUGGUAAAGAACUUGCUAACCCCCAGCUUAUAUCUGAUGAAAUUCUCUCACGUGAGGUUUCAACCUCUGAACCACCCUCGAGACAGCAAUCAACGUCCUUGAACCAAUCCAUUUCUGAGACUCGAGUCUUGAGUCAAAUUUCCUCCCUCACCCCUUAUCACAACAAAUGGGUGAUUAAAGCUAGAGUCACGAGUAAGUCUGAAAUGCGAUCGUGGUCGAAUUCUCGAGGCGAAGGCAAAUUAUUUAGUUUUGAUUUAUUGGACGAAAGUGGUGAAAUAAGAUGUACAGCGUUCAGAGACUUGGCCGAUAAAUAUUUCAAUUAUUUACAGGUCGAUAAAGUCUACUACAUAAGUAAAUGCCAACUCAAGACAGCUAAUAAACAGUUUAACCCCCUCAAAAAUGACUAUGAAAUGACCAUUGGUAAUGAAUCCGUUAUUGAGGAGUGUGUUAAUGAUGAUAGUGAUGUACCACAAGUCAAAUUCAAUUUUGUACCAAUCUCAUCGCUUUCUGAAAUCGCAGUGGGUAGUUUAGUCGAUAUUAUAGGAAUCUGUAAAGAUGCAUCAGACGUACAAACAUUCACUUCGAAAUCAACCAAUCGUGAAUUGCGCAAGCGCGAAGUCACACUUGUCGACCAAUCAAAAACUUCCGUUGCUUUGACUUUGUGGGGUACACAAGCUGAUUCCUUUGAUCCUACUAAUAAUCCAGUUGUUGUGAUCAAGGGGGCGAAAGUUGGAGAAUUCGGGGGUGGGAAAAAUUUAUCAACUUUGAUGAGUAGUCAGCUUAAGUUGAAUCCCGAUAUUCAGGAAUGUCACAGAAUCAAGGGUUGGUUUGAUUCUGAGGGGCAAUAUGAGACAGUUACACAUUUGAGUGAAAGGACCGGAGUUGGGAAUUUUCAGACAGCUUGGAUGAAUCUGAAAGAAGUUCAAGAUAAAGGCUUGGGGAAUUCUGAAAAGGGCGAUUAUUUUCAAACUAAGGCGACGAUUUUGUUGGUGCGGUCGGAGAAUUCGCUUUAUAAAGCUUGUCCGACUGAAAAUUGUAAUAAAAAAAUUGUGGAUUUGGAAAAUGGGAUGUACAGAUGUGAAAAAUGUUGUCGCGAUUUUCCCAAUUUCAAAUAUCGUUUGCUGGUUUCGAUGAAUAUUGGGGACUUUAGCGGAAACCAAUGGGUGAGUCUUUUUUCAUCAGAAGCCGAGACAAUUUUAGGGAAAACUGCACAAGAAAUUGGACUUACCAUGCAAGAUGAUGCUGCAGCUGGCACUGCUAUUUUCCAAGCGGCUAAUUUCCAACAAUUUAUUUUUAAAUGUAGAGCCAAAAUGGAAGUUUAUAAUGAUGAACAACGGUUGAAAAUUGUUGUUAUUAAAGUGGAUCCAGUUGAUUAUGAAGCGCAUAAUAACUAUUUGUUGGAGCAUAUUGGGAAAUUAAUGGUUUAAACCUCAUCACUCUUUACAUUUUUCAGUUUAUUUGAAUUAUUUGAGUUUCUUUAGUACCAGUAAACUUGUAUUAUUUUUGCAUUUUUCAUUUACAAUAAAUACUUUUUACGUUG